GGGCGGCGAGCUGGGCAAUAGGAAAUAGUUUAUUAGGAGGGAGUGGUGGAGCAGGGCCAGGCAGGAAGACGCUGGAAUAAGAAACAUUUUUGCUCCAGCCCCCUUCCCAGUCCCAGGAGGCCGCCGCCGCGCCAGCCGCGCAGAGCGAGCCCGGCCGCGCGGGCCCCCAGCCCUGUCCGGGGCUGCGCCCGGACCCCGGUCGCCGAGUCCUGCUCGCCGAGCGGCCACCGCCUCCGGGGAGGCGACAGGGUCCCCGGCGCGCCGCCGUCCGUCCACGGCGCAGGCCCGGAGGUUCCUUGCUGGUCCCCGAUGGACUGAGUCAGAAUCUGUGGUGAGAGAACUGGGCAUUUUCACGCAACCCUGCGAGGGAUCCACGAUACAUCCUGCAGGGCCGUGAAGGAGGUGAGCCUGGCCGGGGCUGUUGGAGGAAUGCAAACACAGGAUGGUUUCCAUGGGGAAGUGAGCCAGGACUUCCCCUGCAGGCUCCGCCCCCAAGCCAGACUCAGGGAGUAGGGAGGUGGCCUCCCUGCCUUCCCCCCACCAAAAUACACCCAGUGAUUUCCUCUGGCUGGGAGGCACGUCGCGGUCAGCAGCUGUCACAUUGCCACAGAUCUUUCUGGGUCUCUUCUCCUGUCCCCAAGGGACCAUGACCUUGGACUGCUCCAGGAAGGCUCUUCUGAUGCUCUUAAUGGCCUUGGGCCUCACCCAGGGUGACCCCGGAAGGCCCUCACGGGGCCCGCUGGUGACCUGUACGUGUGAGAACCCACACUGCCGGAGACCCACCUGCCAAGGGGCCUGGUGCACAGUGGUGCUGGUGCGGGAGGAGGAUGGGCGGCCCCAGCAACACCGGGGCUGCGGGAACCUACACCCAGAGCUCUGCAGGGGCCGGCCCACUGAUGUCGUCAACCAUUACUGCUGCUACAGCCCCCUGUGCAACCACAACGUGUCCCUGACGCUCCAGGCCACCCAAGCCCCUCCGCUGCCAUGGGGUAACCAGCUGGCUCUGAUCUUGGGCCCCCUGCUGGCCUUGCUGGUGCUGUUGGUCCUGGGUGCCCUGGGCCUGUGGCACGUCCGGCGGAGGCAGGAGAAGCAGCGAGGCCUGCAUAGCGACCUGGGCGAGUCCAGCCUCAUCCUGAAGGCGUCCGAGCAGGGGGAUAGCAUGCUGGGGGACCUUAUGGACAGCGACUGCACCACAGGCAGUGGUUCGGGCCUUCCCUUCCUGGUGCAGAGGACAGUGGCACGGCAGGUGGCCCUCGUGGAGUGUGUGGGGAAAGGCCGCUAUGGAGAGGUGUGGCGGGGCUCGUGGCACGGGGAGAGCGUGGCGGUCAAGAUCUUCUCCUCAAGGGACGAGCAGUCCUGGUUCCGCGAGACAGAGAUCUACAACACCGUGUUGCUGAGACAUGACAACAUCCUAGGCUUCAUCGCUUCUGACAUGACCUCCCGCAAUUCAAGCACGCAGCUGUGGCUCAUCACGCACUACCAUGAGCACGGCUCGCUCUACGACUUUCUGCAACGGCGGACGCUGGAGCCCCAGCUGGCCCUGAGGCUGGCUGUGUCAGCGGCCUGCGGCCUGGCACAUCUGCACGUGGAGAUCUUUGGCACACAGGGCAAGCCAGCCAUUGCCCACCGCGACCUCAAGAGCCGCAACGUGUUGGUCAAGAGCAACCUGCAGUGUUGCAUCGCAGACCUGGGGCUGGCUGUGAUGCAUUCCCAAGGCAGUGAUUACCUGGACAUCGGCCACAACCCCAGGGUGGGCACCAAGCGGUACAUGGCGCCCGAGGUACUGGACGAGAAGAUCCGCACCGACUGCUUUGAGUCCUACAAGUGGACGGACGUCUGGGCCUUUGGCCUGGUGCUGUGGGAGAUCGCCCGGCGGACUAUCAUCAAUGGCAUGGUGGAGGACUACAGGCCGCCCUUCUACGACGUGGUGCCCAACGACCCCAGCUUUGAGGACAUGAAGAAGGUGGUGUGCGUGGACCAGCAGACGCCCACCAUCCCAAACCGGUUGGCUGCAGACCCGGUGCUGUCAGGCCUGGUGCAAAUGAUGCGGGAGUGCUGGUACCCCAACCCUUCAGCCCGCCUCACAGCGCUGCGCAUCAAGAAGACCCUGCAGAAGCUCAGCCACAGCCUGGAGAAGCCCAAAGCACUUUACUAGACUGGGGGGCCUGGGGGUAGCCGGCCAGCCAGGGUACACGGGCUGUGAGAGUUAGACCUGUGGUGCAGCAGCUGCAGCCAGUGCCUGGCUCGGCUCAGCCCCCACCCCAUCCAGCCAACAGGACAGCCCGACGAAACCUGAUAUCCCGCCGUCUGGCCUGCUCUGUGCGGCAGGCUCCCUGACGCCACUGGGCUCGCUCCCCACCCCUCAUGCCAACAGGAAGGGGCACCCCCUGCCUCGGACCACCCCCCAUCUGCCCAGGGCUGAAUGCAAAGGAGACUCGGAGCCACAGCAGCCAGGCUGAAGAACACCAGCACUGGGCCUGCACUCAACCCCUGACCUCGGACUACCCUGUCCUCCCCGCCGCAGCUGCCAGGGUGGCAUAGGGCCCUGUCCAGCUCUCAGCAGACAUGCUCCCCUGCCAGCCUCCGCCUCUAGGACAAGCACCAGAUAUCUAGUACCCAGUACCCAGGGGUUUGUCUCUGUGGGUUUUGAUCUUGGCUCUGGGACGCCUCUCUGACAAGAUACCCAACCCCAUAUCAUGUGCUUUAUCCCUAGCCCCCACACCACCAUCCUUCUAGAUGACCCUGCCAACGAACGAGGAGGCUAUGGCAGGUCCUAGGAAUUAUAGUUAACUGGGGGUUCACCACAGCCGAGUGCGGCAGGAGGUCCAGGCCUCUGGUGCUGGCUGCUCACUCCAGGUGACAAGAGGGGCCCUUGGCUGCUUGGGGUUUGUUCCUUUAUCCAUCUGGACAGAUUUGGUCCCGAUGUUCCUCGAGGCAUCCUCUCUGAUGUCAG